CAAAAGUGGCCGACUGGGAGACUCGAUUGUUUCUAUGCUGUUAUUCCUUGUCGUCACGCUUUGCUUUUUCGUGGGGGGGGAGGGGGACCCUUGGUGUCGGUAGGUCUAAACAUAUACAGUGUAUUGUCUCAUAUUUCUAGUUUAGCGAUACAACAUGUCCUAUCAAUUAUAUAGAAAUACUACAUUGGGUAAUACUUUGCAGGAAAGCCUUGAUGAAUUAAUCCAGUAUGGUCAGAUCACACCACAGCUUGCUAUCAAAGUUCUUCUGCAGUUUGAUAAAUCAAUCAACACAGCUCUGGCAACAAGGGUGAAGUCCAGACUCACAUUUAAGGCUGGAAAGUUGAACACCUACCGUUUCUGUGACAAUGUGUGGACCUUCAUGUUGAAUGAUGUUGAGUUCCGAGAGGUGCAUGAGGUGGCUAAGGUGGACAAAGUGAAGAUUGUGGCAUGUGAUGGAAAGAAUGUCGGUGAAGAAACUGCUCCUUCAAAGCGGUGACUGGCGUCAGAAUUGUACAAGACUAUGUCUUUGUGCAAGUAUACAUUAAUACUGGUUGGUUCUGUAGCACUAAGUCUUGUUUUGAUGCUCUGUUGGGUUCUGGUCUAUUGGCCACCUGGCAAAACUCUGGCCUGUGCCAUUAAUGUUUAUAAUUUUGAGUGUUAUUCUUUUUAAAGAAAUAAAAUACAGUUACUUUGUAGUGUA